AUGCUGGGAAUCACUUCAUCGAUAAGGAUCGUAACUGGAGAGAACGGGAAGCUAUACAAUCUGUUCGAUCUAUUUUCUCAAAAGAGGCAAGUCCUUGGUGCUAUCAAUGCUACUACAUCUGAUUUAGAUCCCUUGAGCCUCGAAUCAAUCAGGAAGAAAAGACUUUCUAUGCCAUCAUGGAAAGGAGGAGAAUUUGAGAAUUCUUCUGAGGGAAAAGAGAAUCAAGUGGUUCCUAAUUUUGGUCAUGGUGUCUGGAGAGGAGGAGUCAGAGUGUUGAAAGAUACGCCAGAGAAGUUGUAUGAAAGGAGCCUGAGACAUGAAAGAAGAGCGACGCGGGCAAAUGAGCUGAUGAAUGAUGGUACUACUCGAGAGUUUGAGAAGGAAGCCCUCCAACGUUCGAGAUCUGUCGAUACUGCUGCACCAGGAAACUACACCAUUUGGAAGAAUGAAUAUCGGAAAGGCAAGAGCUUUGAAGACAUGUUACUUUUGCUGAAAGAUCAAACCACUAUGGCACGAGUUUACACCACGAUUGCGAAGAUGACCAACAAUCUUGCUUUGCACGAAGAACUAGAAACACAACUAGCGAAACUAGAAUCAAUGGAGGAAGUGUUGAGUGAUGUUGAUAAACAGGAGAGCAUAGUUCUUGAUACUAUCAGAGAAAUGGGCCAACUUCUGGCCAGAGCAAGCGAGCAGCUACAUGAAUGCAAGUUGGAUCCUUCACGGCAUGUUUUCCACCUUGUGACCGAUAAAAUCAAUAUGGGAGCAAUGAGUAUGUGGUUUCUGUUAAACCCUCCUGGAGACGCGACCAUUGAAGUUCAGAGAUUCGAAGAUUUUGCUUGGCUCAACUCAUCUUACUCUCCAGUUCUGAGACAGGCCGAGUCAGCAGCAAUGAAGAAGUUUUACUUUAAGACAGAGAGGUCUGAGUCAGCUGAAUCAGGCUCAGAGAACCUCAAGUUCAGAUACCCGAAAUACAUCUCAAUGCUUAACCACUUGAGAUUCUACAUCCCAAAGAUGUUCCCGAAGUUGGAGAAAAUCCUGUUUCUUGACGAUGACGUGGUUGUUCAGAAGGACUUAGCUCCGUUGUGGUCAGUAGAUCUGAGAGGGAAAGUGAAUGGUGCAGUAGAGACAUGUGGUGUCACUUUCCAUCGCUUAGACACUUACUUAAACUUCAGCGACCAACACAUUUCAGGGAAGUUUGAUCCGAAAGCCUGCGGAUGGGCUUAUGGGAUGAACAUCUUCGACCUUAAAGAGUGGAGAAAGAACAACAUCACAGAGACUUAUCACUUCUGGCAGAACCUGAACGAAAACCGGACUCUGUGGAAACUUGGGACAUUGCCACCUGGACUCAUAGCGUUCUACAAUCUGACUCAACCGCUUGCUAAAAAAUGGCACUUACUCGGAUUGGGUUAUGAUAAAGGAAUCAAUACAAAGAAGAUUGAGAAAUCAGCUGUUAUCCAUUUCAACGGACACAUGAAGCCAUGGUCAGAGCUCGGGAUCAGCAAGUAUCAGCCAUAUUGGACAAAGUACAUCAAUAUAGAUCAUCCUUACAUCUUUACUUGCAGGCUGUUCGAGUGA